GCGCGCGGUUCUCCUUCGGCAGAGAGGGGUCCCACCCCGAGCGCUUUGGUCUUUGGGUGGAGGCGUCUCUGGCUGUCUCUCUCUCUCUUACUCUCUCUCUCUCUCUCUCUCUCAAGCCCACUGGCUGGCUUGGUUUUCGGCUUGCCUGCUGCAGUUGCCGUCCUCGUCGGCUAGCGCGGCGUGGCAAGGCUAGUGGGAACAUAAGUAUAUUUAUCAGAUUGGCUGGACGAUUUUGCUUCAUUGGAAAUUAUGGCAAAAUCUGGAGGAAAAGGAAUUAAUUUGAAGGACAAACUAGAUGGCAAUGAAUUGGAUUUAAGUUUAUGUGAUCUGAAUGAGGUUCCAGUUAAAGAGCUGGCAGGACUUCCAAAGGCAACUGUUUUGGAUUUGUCCUGUAAUAAUCUUGCUACUUUACCGUCAGAGUUCUGCAGCUUGACCCAUCUGGUAAAAUUGGAUUUAAGCAAAAAUCGGCUUCAGAAUCUACCAUCAGACUUUGGGCGCUUGAUCAACUUGCAACACUUGGAUCUGCUGAACAAUCGAUUGGCUACUUUGCCUGUUAGUUUUGCCCAACUCAAGAACCUGAAAUGGCUUGAUCUGAAAGACAACCCUUUGGAUCCGACACUAGCGAAGGUAGCUGGAGAUUGCUUGGAUGAAAAACAGUGUAAACUGGCAGCUGUCAGAGUACUGCAGCAUAUGAGAGUCCUCCAGUCUGAAUUAGAUCGUGAGAGGCAACGAAAGUUACAGAAAGAACAGGAGCUCGAGAAGAAGCGCGAAGCAGAGCGGCAAGCGAGAGAGGCUCAAGAAAGGGAACUACGUAAGCGGGAGAAGGCUGAAGAGAAAGAACGUCGGAGAAGAGAGUAUGAUGCCCUUAGAAUUGCAAAGCAGAAAAUGACAACACAACAAAGAAGAGAAACGGGUGAAAAUCAAAAACCCUCUGUUUCCCAUCUGUCACAUCCACUGAAAAAGGAACGCUCUUGGUCUAGAAUUUUGCUGAAGAUGUUUCUGCUUCUCCUGUUAGGUGCCCUGAGCGCUCUGGCUGUUUGUAGGGUUACAGAGCUACAGCACCAGCCACUGUGUGUCAGUGUGAACACGCUGUAUGAGGAUGCAUUAACCUUUUUACCAAGUCGUGAAAUUUUUCAAAAUAUACUGCAGCCAAACUCACAGCAAUAAUGCUGCCUGAGCUCUGAAGGACUCUUGCUUCCUGCUUCCCCCCCCCCCAUUAACAUAGCCAGAAUUCCUAUGGAAUUAAACUCUGGUGAAAAUCACUUUCAUUUGUUUUGCAAUGGUGGCUUUAAACAGAAUCGAAAUAUGGCCCAGAUCUUCUUUACUGUAUCAUUUUGCAGUUCUUUUUGAUAAACAACGUUUUCUUCCUCCAGAGUGGAGCCUGCAAACCAUAGACUUCUGAUCUGUAGAAAAGACUGCCUAUCUAGUGAAGCUAGCUUGCCAUUAUAAAAAGCUUUACUAUGCACAGCCUUUGCAUAUUACCAUUCCAGCAAAGAUAUUCAUUAUGGAAACCAUUAUACUAGAUGGCUAAAUCAUCCAUAUAAUUGAGAGCAAAGUUUAUUGUUACAUAAAGACUCCUUCAAAUCCA